UUAAUCUAGAACAUAGAACCCACAUUCAAUACAACAUUCAACACAAUUCACCUUCUUCUCCACUUUCAAAACUCUAAUCCAUCAUUUGAUAUUUGAUUGAGACUUCAAGUUUCUUAGAUUCCUCCUAAAAAUACAAUAAUCGUCCAUUUACAAAAAAAUCCAGCCAAAAUUUAUUCUGGAAAAUCUAAAGAAACAUCAAGAAAUGAAAAAGUCUGGAUCCAGAUCUGGGAAGGAGGAUGUCGCCGCCAGGAACACAUUCGCCGGCCGCCGCCACCAGCCAUUCUGCGCACAGCUUCAGCUCGUGUUGACGCAGCUGGUUUAGCAUCUUUGUUGUCCCAGGGUAUUGUAACAGAGCAGAGGAGGUCCCUGCGAAUCGGUGGCCUAGAGCACCUGACAACCUUCUGGGCGCCGCUUGCUCUUCAUCUUGCUGAUUUUCGCUUGUUUUCACCAUUAAUGGCCGCCUUGGAGCUCCUGAGAGUGACGAGCGACUCUGGGCACAGGCCCUGCAGCUUCCGUCGCAGCACCUCUUGCCUUGGUCCUGGUCGCUCCACCGUCUUAACAAUCUGUUACAGUAGCUCGAUGGUCUUCGUCCGCCAUUAAUGGCUGUGAGAGAGCUCUCUGCUCACGACCCAGGUAGCAGCAAACCAGCAACAUCGAGGCCCUUUCCUCUCCGACUGCCAACAGCGACUCCAUCUUUAUCUGCUCCCAGCCGCGGGCUACAUCCAGCUAGCGUGACCAGGUCUUCUCAGCAUUUGGGGCGGACAGAAUUCAUGGACAAAAGCUAGGGGUCAAAAUUGGUCAAUGAGUCAAAGUGUCAAGCCCAAUUUCUCACCAGCCCACACAACUCCAUUACUUCAAGCCUAGGAUUGAUUCUCAAAGCUAGUGGGCCACAGUUUCAACAUCAGUCCAUGACAAUUCAGCCCAAGAAGAGCUAAGUACCCAACAACCCGUUACUCUUAAUUUAUGCAUUAAACCUUAAAGGCUUAAAUAUUAUUAUUAUUAUUAUCUAAUGUUAAUGUUAUUAUUGCUACUAUUAUUAUAUUAUAUUAUUUCCACCACCAUUAUGACGGGUUAAAAUCCUCCGAGGUGGUGAGACCAUUAUGGCGGGUUAAAAUUCCCAGAGGUUUUUAAUAAUGCAAUAUUAUUGAUAAUACUAUAUUAUUAUUACCAUCACCAUUAUUAGCGGGUAAUGAUCCCCCAAGGUGGCACGAGCUGAGCCUUAAUCUACUGAACAUUUUAUUUGAUAAUUCGGAUUCUAAGCAUGCCCCUCGAAUUACCCCUUGUCACCUUAAUGACCACUUUAGUACAGGAGCAAGGAUGUACCCUCCCGGAGCCUUUGUGGCACUGGGGUGAUGAUGAUGUUGAUGAUGACCUUUAUGACCACUUAAUCUGGAAUCGGAGGCCUGCCAAAUGAUCGAAGGCCCAAAAGGAGACACUUAUCGAAUCGUUGCCAUAAGGGAACGACAGGCCGCAAAAUGCCUGAGACUUGUAAAACUCCAAACACUUAAAGGUGAUUCCGAGGGGCUCUAGAGCGCUAAAAAUGCCCGACUCCAACUUCCAGGAGUAUUUUUUAAGCUUGGCCUAUUCUGAGUAAGUCAGUUUUGGUUAGUCUUUAGUUCUGGGUAUGGUAUGUUAUCAUGUUUAAGUCAGGUUUAACAUUUUCGCUUGAACUGGAUUCAAGUGAAAAUAUCCUAACAAACUUUUAACAUUAAUAGGAUUGAUGAAAUUGAAAGUAGUUUCUAUUAUGUGAUGUUUGAACUCUAAAAAAAAGAACUCUGAUGAUUGUUUUAUCACAUUAUUUAAUUUUUUUUUGUUUUAUUUAUAAUAUUCUAUUUAGGAAUUUAUAAUGUUUUAUUACGCAUCAUUGCACAAUAAGGCUUAUUUACUCUUCGGACUCCACACAUUCCAGUACUCCAUCACACCCUUUAUUAAGCAUUGUGUCAUUUUUUAUCUGAAUGGUCAAUUUAAAAUGGUUUCGUUGUGAAAUUAGCACACAAGUGCAGUAGAAUGAAUCAUAGACCGUGGGGAGUUCUUCCAUGUGGGACAACUGAAUUUACAGGUUGGGUGUGCUGGAUAUAAAUUCAAAUGAACCACCAGGCUACGGAAUCAUAGUUUGCAAUGGAUAAACUUUUUUAUUGGAUCUCUAAUAUCUAAUUAGUGAGUACUUGCCGAGUACUUGCUGCUCAAGUAUACAUCUGGCCAAGUAGCUUACAUAUUCAUUGUUAUGGAAACUACUGAGUUAUGACCGAGUAAGCCAGUCGAACCAAAAUGUGACUUUAUUUUCUUCUUUUGAAAGAUUGAAAUUGAAGAUUAGAUUUUUUAAAUAAAUAGUGAUUGUAUUUUAUUUAAGGAAAAGGAACACUGGAUAGUGUAUAUUUUGAUAGUAUUAGACUUUUAAAAUUUAAGAUUUCACACAAUGACUUUAUGUGGCGGUGAGUCCUUUAUAUCUUCAAUUUUUUAUUUUCUUUAGGCUUCUUACUAGGAACCUUUGUUAAUAUAUUACUACGUUAGUACUUCGUAGAAUGUGGAACCAAAACAAGCUUCCUAACCCGUUAGUCUCAUGCUCACUAUUACAACCUAUUAUUUUGAUCCAACACGCAGUUCCACACACAUUUGAGCUGAAGGGAAUAUUUGUUCUCUUAGGUAUAAUUGAAACGUAUUUUUGUUCCAUUACAUUGUUCAUCUUUGUUUACAAGAUAAACACGGAUAUUGACAACCUAUUAUUUAGAUCCAAAAAACAGUUUCAAAUACAUUUGAGUCAAAAGGUUCUAUUUGUUCUCUUAGGUAUAAUUGAAGUGUAUUUUUGUUCCUUAACACUGCUCAUAAUAACCAAAUUGUUUUGGCAGGAAGAUUGACACGAACAUUGACAAACGCUUUGCAGGAGAUGACAAAGAUAGUGACAAGCCAUGGUGGGUGCAACAGAAUCUGCAAUGGAAGUGUGCAAACAAAUUUUCCAUUGCCAAGUUAGUACUCAUCCAGGACAUUGUCAAAACAAGUCUCAUUGGAAUAACUCAGUCCAGCGAAUUGUUCAGAGGAUAGAUCAUGUAAUUUGCAAAAAAGACUGAAAUUUUGACACAGCAUAGAUAUUGAAGGGGUCUGGUAGUUCCUACCGGUAACUUGGUCGUAGAUGUCCUGUUAUGGUAUAUAAAUUAAUAUAUUUAUAAAUGUAUAUAUUGCUACUGGGCAACAAUUUGGUACGACUGUACGAGCAUUAGAUGAGUUGCUAAACACUUCACGGGUUCUUCGUAAACAAUGCUGAUGGGCCAUAAGGAUAAAGCUCCGUAAUAAACUGUGAAGGGAUGGAUUGGGUCUGGGCG